UGUUAUAAAACCACAGGAUAAAGAUGAAAUAAAUGUCUGCUGUCAAUGAUGUAUAGAUUAGUGUUACAGAAAUCUGUCAGAGUGCCAGGUGUUAGUGAUUGUCAUCACAUUACCCGUGUAACAUCAGACCGGGUCUGGAUCAGUGAUGUGUACAAUCUCAUCUUGACAAACACAGCAGGGGAUAAACUACAUCAUCUGACAGAUAUAAGUAGUUAUAGUGGAGUACACACAGUGACUAGAGACGGUGAUUUAAUUUAUAUAGACAUAUACGGUAACAUCAACAAACUGUCUACAGAUCACACAGUACAGAGUACAUUAAUAAAGUACAACACAGCACCAUGGAGACCACAGUGUGUCUACAGCUGCCCCUCCACUGGAGACCUGCUGGUCGGGAUGUAUAGAUAUGAUACAAGGACAGCCCAGGUAAACCGUUACAAUAACACAGGACAACACAUACAGACCAUACAGCACGACAACAACACAGGUCAGGGACUGUAUAGUGAUCCUAUCUACAUCACAGAGAACCGCAAUGGAGAUGUUAUUGUGUCUGACUUAUACCGUGGUGUAGUGGUAACAGAUGGUGUAGGUAAACACCGCUUCUCCUACACAGGACACCCAUCAGGAUCACGACUACGACCACGUGGAAUCUGUACUGACGCGCUGUCACACAUCCUGGUGUGUGAUGAUAACACCCACACAGUACAGAUGAUUGAUAAAGACGGACAAUUCCUGUCAUUGAUACUGACAGCUGAACACGGGAUAUACACACCAUUGGGCCUGAGUUAUGAUGACAACACUAACCUUCUCUGGGUGGGAUCAUUUAACAACAACACAGUAAACAUAUACAGACUUAUCAAUGGAGGGGAUAAUCUGACUGAUCCAGGCAGUGAUGAUUUAGAUAAAGUUGAUGAGUUGAAGAAGUUUCUGAGGAAGGAGAAGACAACUGUUUCCCAUGCCAGAGGAAUACUUGUUGGAUGUGCUGAGGCUGGAAAAACAACACUGCUGAAGCGAUUAAGAGGGCAACGUCAAAAUGUUGGUGAAGUUACAGAGUCCACAAGGGGACUGGAAGUCCAUCAACAUCUCUUCAUUGUGAAAAAUGGAGUUUUAAAAGUGACUGAUGAUGACUCACCAUUGAAGACAUUUAUCAGGAUAAACGCUGCAGAUUUGAAACCAGACCCAAGCAAUGCAGUUGACAUCUCCGAUACAAAUGUAAAAGAAGACAAUUUGGAACUAGGAAAUACUGAUAAAGACACUAAAGUAAUUUAUAGCAGAGAAGAAAAGAAAGACGAAAAUGUGGAGUUGUCUAGUCCACCAAGUAAACGCAGAAAAGAAGAGAAUACAGUAGAGGUCUCUUCAGAAGCUCCAGCUAUGGUGAAAGAUGAAAUUUUUCAGAAAAUCUUGUCUGAAAAAGAGAAGUUACCAACAGUAAGCAUGCUGGAUUUUGCUGGUCAGUUAGCAUAUUAUGCCUGCCACCAAAUUUAUGUAACACCAAAGGCCUUCUUCAUCCUUGUCUUGGACAUGACUAAGAGGUUUGAAGAUGUUGUCGAUAGGGAGAAAGAUAAUCAAGAAGGAUCAGUCUUCUCCACUUGGACGUACAAAGACUACUUGAAGUUUUGGAUUACCUCAAUCAAGACAUUUGGAGGCAAAAAGGCACCACUGUUUCUUGUUGCCACACACACGGAAACAAAAUCUACAGAUGAAAUAGAGAAGUAUUUUGGUGAGUUCUGGAAUGCUGUACCAGAUGAGGACAGAGACUGGUUAAGUGAGUCUCUGAAUGAUCGGGAAUAUGCAGUGGGUCUAAAGGAACUUAAUGAUAAUUCCAAGAAAAUGCUGGAGUCAAUGAAAAAGUCCAUAGUCGAACUAUUUACACAUGAGACCAAUACAAUAAUUGAAUUGCCUUCUUCAUGGGCCGUUAUGGAACAGUUAUUGUAUGAAGGAGCCUGGAGGAUUUUGUCCCUGAGUGAAAUUUUGAGGCUCAACUCAUCCCUUCCCGAUGAAUACCAAAUUAAAAGUGAGGAGGAAAUGUCUAAAUUUUUAAAAUGUUUCCAUGACAAUGGCCUUGUUUUGUAUUUUAAAGAAGAGAAAUUGAGGGAACAUGCCAUACUAGACAUUCAGUGGUUUGCUAAUGCUUUUAGCAAGAUAAUUGCUGAUGAAAACCACAUCAGUAAAGAUUGUAGAAGGAAAUUAAGUAAAGAGUGGAAAUCCUUCAACAAAACAGGGGAACUUAAAGAUAAAGUGAUAGAUGCUUUGUGGAAAAAUGAACCCUCUUACUUGAAACAUAAAAGUGAAAUUAUGUCAUACAUGGAGAAACUUCAAAUGCUGGUUCCUUUGAAUGCUUUGGGGGCUGUAUCAGAAGGUGGCAUGUCGUGGUAUGUCCCAUGUAUGAACAAAAAGCAGUUUAAAGCUGACUUUUUUGAAGAUAAAUGGGAAUGCUCCUCCAUUUUGUGCUUCCGAUUCACUUCCUUUGCCAUGUUUGUGUUCUACAGACUUGUAGCAUAUUGCAUAAGUUUUCUAAGAUGGAGUGUUGCAAUAGAUGAAGACAAUGAAGGAAGUCCAUGUCUUUAUCAAACAGCGGCAGUGUUUGAUCAUAAUGAACACACUGUUGUUGUUGGCAUAUGUAAUGAUGAUAUUCAGUUGCAAGUGUUCAGAAUCAAACCCUUGACUGUAGACAAAGAAGUAUCAAAUGAAAUUGGAGACUCCAUUGAAAAAGCCAUAGAAAAAUUGACAGAAACAUUUAUUGACACAAAAAUAUUCCACAGAGGAUACAAAUGUCAAAACAUUAUUUGUAAUGAGAAAGAUCUAUCUUUCACCCUUGCAAGUGAGCUCUCCAAAAUCAAGGCUGAUAAAGAAAUUCAGUGCAAGUGUCGACUUCGAGAGAAACACAUAAUAAAUGUGCAGAUCACUCUGGGAUUCUGGGAAAAGAGAGAGGCGAGUGAUUCCAGUACUCCUGUGGCCUCUGGACAAAACCUAGGAGGCCGAUCUCGAUUUGCGAAACUUGGAAUGGCUACAAACGAUGUCUUAAAUAAGGCAUACAGAGAUAUUCUAGAAUCAGAAAUUCCCCCAUCUGAUAUUGAGAACAAGGUGAAUUUAUUAUCAAACAAAAAGAGGAUGAAUCUGAAGCUGAACCCAGAUCAAGAAGAUCUUUUGAAAAAAGCAAAAAAUUCUGGAUACAAGGAAUUUGAUAUUUCAUUAACAUACAAGUUGAUAAGAAACAUUUGUUCAACGAUCCCUAAACCAACAAAAGGAAAGUGGGGAGAAGAGCCUGCAGCAGGAGAGGUGACAGUAGGUGAUGAUGUUGAGAGAAUUAGGUCCAUCCGAAACAGUUUGACUGCACAUGUGAGUUCAGCCUCAACCCUUCAGACAGAAUUUAAUAACACUUGGUCGACGAUGUCGGAUAUCUGCCAAAGACUGGAAACCUUCACCAGAAAAAAGUACUUGGAUAGCCUUAAAGACAUUCAUAAACUGAGUUUAAAAGAAGAAGGUGAAGAUGCAAUUAAAGCUAUUAUAGAAAAGUUUAUCAAGGAUCAACAUGAACAACAUGAACUGUUAAAGACAGUCGUGUCAGAAGUUCAAGAAUUAAAGUCUCAAAUGAGUACAUUAAAACAAAAUUGAAGACUGGAGGCAAUCGUUCAGAAAUAAUAUAAUUUUACUCAUAGAACGUUUGCAGGACUAGUAAAUAAUUAAUUCUAUAACACAUGGUUGAAGAUAUCGGAAAUCGGCAAAGCACUCGAAAGUUUCAUUGGUGAAAAGUCUUUUGAUAAGCUUAAUUAUAUUCAUGAACUGGAUAUGAGGAAUUUGAUAUUUCAUUAACAUACAAGUUGAUAAGAAGCAUUUGUUCAAAGAUCCCUAAACCAACAAAAGGAAAAUUGGGAGGAGAGCCUGCAGCAGGAGAGGUGACAGUGGGUGAUGAUGUCGAGAGAAUUAGGUUAGUACGAAAUAGAUUGACUGCGCACGUGAAUUCAGCCUCGACUCCUCAGACAGAAUUCGAUGACACCUGGUCAACAAUGUCGGAUAUCUGCCAGAGAUUGAAUAUGUUCACUGGAAAGAAGUAUUUGGAUAAACUUAAUAUUAAAAAUCUGACAUUGAGAAAGGAAGAUAAGGAUGCUAUUAUAAAAAAAUGUUGUUAAAUUGGAAGAAAUUCUGGAGACAAUCAAAUCAAGUUUUAAAUAAUUACAAGUAGAAACAAUGAUCGGACCUAACGAAGAUGUUACAAAUUGAGAGUUCAUAGAAUGCUGUGUAAGGACCAAAAUACUAUCAUGGAAUCUUAUUUUAUCACUAUAAUAUUAGAGAGUGCCCUAUAUAAAGACUAUUGGUGGGUAAAUUUUGGACAGUACCUCCUUAGUUUCCAUAGCAAUGACUUUGAAAUAUUUUGUUAUGGUAAAACUGACCUGAUUGUCAUCACCAUUUAGAAUAAUUCCGUGCUUCCUUAAUGUAGGAAAGUUAUGAACAUAACAUGGGUUUAAUUUUAUAUUUAAGUAAUCAAAGUUUCUGUGUAUCUAAAUUUUAUUCAAUUUAACCCAAUGUUUUUAAUAUGAUACAGAUCAAUUUACAUGAAUUUGUCAUAAAAAUGAAUGCAAAGGUGCCUAUUUCUUGAUAUGCAUAUAAUUUUUGCAGGCAAUUGAAACUUAGAAAAAAGAUCUUUUUAAUAAGAUCGAGCUUUGAUCUUGUUACAGCAAAUUUAACAUUAUACAAAACAUUUUUUCCGGAUUUGGUUUGAAUGUUAGAUUUUUCCGGAUUUGGUUCCAAUAUUGCAAUUUUCUCGGGUGCACGAGCUUUUUACAACUUUAGAAAUUGUUUACCAGUGUUUACUAGUUACUGUGCUGAUUAUCAUGUUUGUCUUCACUUUUCCCAUGAGAGAAAACUUCUAAGUUGGUAAGUUAGACAUGAAAUCUAUUUGUAUAUCGUUUCAUAAGAAAUUUUUAUGUGCAUAAUUGUUAUCAAUUAUAUGUUUACAAAGGUGUUAUGGUGUAAUUUUUAGUGACAUGUUAGAAAGUUCACAUGAAAGAUUUAUGAUUUGAUGACUAUGUGUAGAAAAUUUAUGUCAUAAUAGGUUGAUAUUUAUAAUGUGAUAUUGAAAGUUAAAGAUUUGCUGUGAUUUUGCGUGAAAUUAUUUGGUGCAUGUGCACUCUACAAUAAUCAUAUAUUUUGUUUGAGCAUUUUCUAGUAACUGUAAUUCAUUUGAAACUGUGUGGUUUGAUAGUAAUAUGAAUUUCAUAUGUGCAAAUUUACAAGGGUACAUGUGCAAUAUUUAUUGUAAAAAUGUUGUUUACAAAGAACAUAGAGUAUUUUUUUAAUAAUCAGAGUGAUGUUAAUUUGUCAAUCGCAGAGUGUGUGGUGUGUGUGGUUUAUGUGUAAUAUCAAAUACUUACAUAUCUGUUUUCUAUGUAUUUACAGUAAAUCACAUCACAUCACAUCACAUCAUAUUGCUGUCACUGGAAGUAAACAAUAAAGGAUGUGCAUUUACAA